AUGGAUAAGCUUCCGGUAGAAAUCCUGAACAAAAUCUUCGACCUUCUCACACCCCGUGAGAAGGUACAACUCCAGAUUGUCUCAAAGAGGUUCUUUGAUCUUGCCAGGGAUAACAAUGCGUGGAAAAUACACUGUUAUGAAGAGUCGUGGGCUUUCCUCCAAGCCCGCCGUGGGGCUGAGAGAACAACCGAGAGUCUGCUCAACCCCACCGCCACCUUGAGCACGCUGGGACAGAAUUCCCUUCGAGACCUUAUCCAACCCCGGGCACCGGAAUUGGACCCCGGAUCAUCCGAUGCACAUGGGCUAUCGCUGAGCGAAAAGGCCAGAGCAGCAUCAGACUGGGACUCUUCGUUCGAGGGAGAACAUGUGGACUGGUACUCGGAAUAUAUUGCCCGCCAUGGUCCUAUGUCUUUGUCGUGGGUCCAGCAGCCUACGUUUGCGGAAGAAGGUAGUCAGUUAUGCCAACAGCAUGAGAUUAAGGGCAUGGGCUUGCUAAAGGACUGGGGCCUUGACCGACAAAACAAAAUCAUCGCUCCUCUUGAAGAUGGAAGCGUCUGCGUUUGGGACCUCAAUCAUUCACAUUCUUCCCAGUCGCCCUCUACAAAAGGAAAAAUACUUAAAAAGAGUGAUCCAGGAAUCCUCAUGGCUACUCCUAGACGAGGCAGCCAGCCCUCCAAAGCACCAUUAGAGUUCGUCAACCUUGGCGAAGGCGUGAGUGUAGAUUCAUUCCAAAAAAGAGCAUACCUGGCCGUUGGGAACGUUCUCAAUGAAGUCGACUUGGAGACUCUGAGUGUCAUUUCACAACAGCGAUUUCCAUGGUCAAUUUUCGCCCUUUCACAAGAGACUGAUUACUCGGUACCGUUAACCUUAGCCACAACUCUCAGUCUGCAAAUAUAUGACGCCCGAUUAUCAUCGGUGGAAGAAGAGCUGGCAAUUAAUGAGCAAUGUGAAAAGAACUCUGCGUCUCUUAUUCCUGACCGGGAUAUCUUUCUUCAUCCAGACUCGCCCGUACUACGCUUCCAGUCAAAUGGCCAGCCACCACAACGGAUUCGCAGCCUAGUUCCGAGGGACGACACUAAUUAUGCACCCCUUUUCCAACCCGGUCCUCUGUCGAUACUCCACCCACCCGCACCACAUCCGUCUGAAAAGUACUGUGCACUCCGGCGGUCGACUUUGUGCACUCACAUCUGCCCGGCGCCUCGAUUCCCCGUAUUCUCGGACGCUGAGUACCCCGCGACUCAUACGAUCGCUGCCUGUGGCGAGUACAAUGGUAGAGGUUCGCUAGAGCUCUACAGCCUCGACUCUUCAACGCCUACCACCUCUGCCGAUUUGUCCGAACAAUCCUCCAGCAUGACAACCAUUUACAAAAACCGGCAGAGCGCAGCCAGUUCCAAGCUUCUCUCUGUUACAUCACACGGCAAUCGUCUCGUGUACUCGGAUUCCGAGGGUAACAUCAAGUGGGUUGAGCGUGACGGGCGCUCCGAAGUACGUCGGUGGAACAUCAAUACUUCGCAGCCGCAAAUACCCUUUUACCGGCGCAGUCGGCCAUCAAGCUCAGAUAAAUCUGGCCAAGAAGAGCAAAGGCCUCGCGGCCUCUGGGCAAGUUUAGACUCCGAGCAGACUGGCAGUGAGGUUGCGCGGAAGAUCCUUCCAACAGGGGGGAAUCUUACCGGCGACGAGCUGCUCGUGUGGACCGGAGAGCGCAUCGGGCGUAUGAAGUUUUCGAUCCCGGCUGACUUAGAGGGUGUAGAAGACGAAGAUGAAUGGUUCAUGCAUGCUGAGGUUGAUGAAGAGACCCGGGAGGCUAUGCGAAAUAAGCACCGAGAUGAAUGGGAAAAUGAGCGUAGAUACGAAGCCACUAUGAGACUUGCGCUUGAAAGACAGGCUGAUGAGGUCCGCUGGAUGGCGACCGAGGGCAUGAGCUGA